AUGGCCUUUCUUUUGUAUACGUGCUUCUUGUUACUGUUGGUGACUGUCGUUACUGCCCAAGACGAAGGACUUGUAUGUGGUCAAAAUGAAAUCUUCAAAACUUGCGGUUCGCCUUGUAUCAGCACGUGUACUUACAAGCCUGAUAUUUGUAUAGCUAUGUGUAGUACUGGGUGCUUUUGCAAAGAAGGGUAUGUGCGAGAGUCCAAUAAAACUGGCAGUUCAUGUAUAAAACAGGAAGAUUGUGAAAAUGUGAACGUAUUGCCAACGUGUGCCGAAAAUGAAGAAUUUUUGACAUGCGGUUCAGCAUGCCCACCAACAUGUAACGAUUGGUCUUAUCCACUUCCAAAACAGCCUACCCCGUGCAUCAUGAUGUGCAAGAGAGGUUGUUUCUGCAAGAAUGGUCUUUACCGUUCUAAGGAUGGCAAAUGCGUCGAACCCGAAGAGUGUUGUGGCAAGAACGAGGUAUUCACAAGCUGUGGUUCAGCCUGUGUCGAAACGUGUAACAACAAGUCUGAUAUGUGUACUGACCAAUGUGUCGCUGGUUGCUUUUGUCGUCGCCCAGGUCAUGUGCGUUUAAAUAACAACACUAAUAGUUUAUGCAUUCCUCCUAAUGAAUGUCCAAAAUGA